CUCAACGCUCUAUCCCGAAUUCUCUAUUCCUCCCAAACAUCCUUCCUUCUUCGUCUGCUUAUUCCCGUGAUUUACCCCUCUUCCUCCUAUACAUUGACCUUUUGCCUUAGAGUUGACAUGGCUUACGAAUACGAGAUCAUGGUGGUGGGCGCCGGUCCCGCUGGCCUGAGCACUGCAGCAUCCAUCGUCCGCCAGGACUACAGAGUUGUCAUUUUUGACUCGGGGGAAUACAGGAACGCGCUGAGCAAACACAUGCAUACUCUGCCUACGUGGGACCAUCAGGACCCAGCCGCUUUCCGCGAGGCUGCUGUAAAGGACUUUGCACGAUACGGAUCCGUGUCCAUCGAGAACGUGCAGGUCGAAAGCAUCAAGAAGCGCGAAGACGGAUUGUUCGAAGCUUCGGCUGGAGGGAAAUCAUGGACAGCCCAGAAAGUCGUGCUGGCUACCGGAGUCGAAGAUGUGUUCCCAGACAUCCCCGGGUACGCCGAAUGUUGGGUUUCAGGCAUCUUCCAUUGUCUGUAUUGCCAUGGAUGGGAAGAAAAGGGAAGCGAGUCUGCUGGGAUGCUGGCCGAAGGGGAUACGGGCAAUGUGGUCGUCGCCCUCCACUUUGCCCGCCAGGGACUGCGAAUGGCCAAGCAAAUCACCCUCUACACCAACGGCAACGAAACGCUUGCACGGGAUCUGAAGGAUGCCCUUGAGGCGGCUCCGGCGCCCAUGUCGGUAAAUUCGAAGAAAAUCCAGAAGCUUGUAAAAGCUUCUGAGCGCGCCAGUGUAACCCUGGAGUUUUCGGACGGAACAAGCACCACCGAGGCGUUUCUCGCACAUAAGCCAAAGACCAAGUUGAGAGGAGACUUGGCUCAGCAGCUCGGUUGCGAAGUGUCGCCGAUGAACCUGAUUGUCGUCAAUCCCCCCUUCAACCAGACUACCGUCAAGGGCGUCUUUGCAGCAGGAGACUGCUCCACCCCCAUGCACACGGUGACUGGGGCUCUCAAUUCUGGAACGUGUGCAGGAGGGGGUGCGCCAUUGCAGAUCCAGGCCGAAGUGUACAAGCAGAGGGCUAUAUUCUAGCCCAGUGUCGAACAGGACCAUGCAAGGGCCGCCAUAUACUUUGAAAUGCAAAUCAGUCCUCAGAUCUACAAUCAGACUCCCACUCACAUAAUUUAUCAUCUGUACUCUCCUGUUUGUGGUAUCUUCAAUAUUGUUUUGGUGAAAUAUAUCUGCUGCAAGACGGCGUACCACGAUUUUCUCAGACUGGUCACAAUGUAC